UUUAUAUUUUUUAGAGAUUCUUCUUUUUUUUUUUUUUUUUUUUUUGCACAUUUGUUUACCUUGGUGUAAAUACUUUAGGAAUAGGAAAAAAAAAAAAAAAAAGGUUUUGCUGCUUUUACUGGCUGGUGACGCGGCUGCCUUGGAGAAGCGAGAAGGAUGGCAGCCUGGUUCACCUUCACCGUCGCAGUCAGCACCACGUUGAUAUCACAGGUAUUUGGAUCCGGUGUUUUUGAGCUGGAUCUCCACGAAUUUAAAAACAACAGAGGUUUGCUGGCAAAUGGAAACGCAUGCAAACCCAACUGCAGGACUUAUUUUCGAAUUUGCUUGAAGAACUAUCAGGCUGUGGUCUCGCCAGGUGACUGCAUCUUUGGAAGUACAAUGACAGCAGUGCUGGGGACAAACUCUUUCAGCGCCAAGGACAGUGGCACUUUACCCACACCGGUCCAGAUACCGUUCACCUUUGGAUGGCCGGGGUCAUUUUCACUAAUAAUUGAAGCCUGGCAUUCACCUUAUGGAAAUCUACCUGUAGAUACCAACAACCCAGACUUUUUGAUAAGCUUCCUGGCCAUCCAGAGACAGCUGGGUGUAGGAACUGCUUGGUCUCAGGAUACUAAGACUGCACAGCAGACAGAGCUGAGGUAUUCGUACCGGUUCAUCUGCAACGAAAGCUACUACGGGGAGAGUUGCUCCAAGAAAUGCGCUCCAAGGGACGACCGAUUCGGCCACUACACCUGCAACCGAGACGGGCAGCUGUCCUGUCUGCCUGGCUGGAAAGGGAAAUACUGCGAAGAACCUAUCUGUCUGGAGGGCUGCAGCGAGAGGAACGGAAACUGCUCCAAACCUGGCGAGUGUGUAUGCAGAGAAGGCUGGCAGGGCACGUUCUGUGACGAGUGUAAGAAGUACCCGGCCUGCAAGCACGGCACCUGCCAGCUGCCGUGGCAGUGUAACUGUCAGGAGGGCUGGGGAGGCCUAUUAUGUGACCAAGACCUGAACUUCUGCACCCAUCACCAUCCCUGUGUGAACAGUGCCACCUGUAUGAACACGGGACAAGGCAGCUACACGUGCACUUGCCUGCCAGGUUUCACGGGGGUCAACUGUGAGCUGGAGAUGCAGGAGUGUGACAGCAACCCCUGCAGGAAUGGAGGGAUGUGCACCAAUUUGGAAAGUGGCUACAUGUGCACGUGCCCCCAAGGUUUCGAGGGCUCCCACUGUGAGCACAGCCUGCUGACGUGCGCCGACUCCCCGUGUUUCCACAGCGGCAAGUGCUGGGAGAAGGACAAUGGCCGCAGCUACAUGUGCGAGUGUCCCCGCGGCUACACGGGACUCAACUGCGAGAAGAGAGUGGACAAGUGCACGUCGCUUCCCUGCGCUAAUGGUGGGCUGUGUCUGAUCCACGGUGGCCUGCGUGUGUGUAGCUGCCGUGCAGGAUUCACCGGCCAGCGCUGCGAGAUCAACAUCAAUGAGUGUGCGGGCAACCCCUGCCUCAACGGAGGCACCUGCCAAGACCGGAUCAACGACUACACCUGCGUCUGUCCCGCAGGCUACGGAGGACGAAACUGCGACAGAGUCCUGGAUGAGUGCUCGCUUCACCCGUGCCUCAACGGGGGGCUUUGCACCGGCGGCGGCGGGCCGGGCAAACCUCCGGUGGCCUGCAUCUGCCCGUCAGGCUUCACGGGGCCACGCUGCGAGUUCUUCGCCGCCGUCACCAACGAAGAGAUUCAAGACAGCUUCCAGUGGGCGGCGGUUUCUCUGGCUGUGGGCCUGGUGGCGCUGCUGGUGCUGCUGUGUAUGGUGGGCUUGGCGUUGAGGCACAUCCACAGGCAGGCCCAGAGAGAGCGGGGAGACACGGAGACCAUGAACAACUUGUCCAACGUUCAGAAGGACAACCUGAUCCCAGAGGCCCAGCUGAAGAACACCAACCAGAAGAUGAGCAUGGAGGUGGACUGUGACUCGGAGAAAUCGAACUUUAUCCAUAAAAACUAUCACUUGGACUCUUACCACUCUAAAUCGAAGGAGUUCAAGGAUGAGAAGUCACAAGAGGAUAAAAGUCAUAUUUAUGACAAAUGUUUAGAAGACAAGAUGCCCUUGAGUAGAAUGUACAGUGAAAAGCCAGAGUGCAGGAUAUCAACGAUAUGUUCCUCAAGAGACUCCAUGUACCAGUCGGUAUUUGUUAUAGCAGAGGAGAGGAGGGAGUGCGUCAUAGCAACCGAGGUAUAAACUGUGAGGGGUCUGAAGGCGAGGGAGCGAGGAAAAAGAAAAGACACAAUCGAGGCAGAAUGAAAUAUUCUGGAUUGUUUACAAAUUUGGAGAAGAGAGACUGGAGAUUGUUUUAGAUGUCCACUGCUGCUCUGGAACACUUGAGAACUGGAGAGGGGCAGAAAAAACCUCUGCUCUGCGUUAAAAAUAUAGAAAAAAAAAAAAGAACAGAAACUGAGAAACUUUAUGUUGACCGAGUGUUUGUAUGCAACAUAAUGUACAGUGAAGGACCUCUCUCAGUGGUGACAAUGGUCGGAGGGACUGGUGAAAAAAAGACUGACUACACAAAGGUGUGAAGACCCGACAGAAUAAUCCUGGACUGUGGAAGGAGGCGAAGGUGGAAAUCGUUACCCCUCCUACGUGACCCGGCCUUGUGUGAUAAUCAUGAUGACUUUGACAGCCAACCAAUCAGUAAUGAAAAAAAAAAAAAAAGGUGCCUAUGAUUUGACCCCUUCAAAUCCCCCCCACCCCCCGCACUCACUCCUGCCAGCUCCGCCUGCUAUGCAAGACUCAGGGUCGAGACGAGUGAACUCGCCCGCUGUCACAAUCCAACUUCACAAACACUGAGAGUUAUGAAUGUCUGAAACUAAUCUUCAACUGUCAAUCACGUGAAAAUGACGUUUUUUUGGGGGGGACUUUUCCAUGCAACGGUGAAGAUUAGAUUGCAGCCCAAAUUCACUAGAAGCCUUAAAAGAGGGGGUUUGAAUGCUAAAUUUGUGCCCUUGUCUGUUCUUGGAUCAUUUGCACUACAAGAAGAAGAAAAAAAAUUGGGGGGAAAAUACUUUUUAAUCAACAUGGAUUUGAGGAGAACAAACCACAGGAGCGCAAUAGUCAGUGCCAGCGAGAUCCAAGAGAAAGGAAACGUUUGCAUAGAAAAGUGUUUUUUAUGCAACUCAACUGAGAAAAACAAAGAGACUCAUAAACGAGGAGAAAAGACUGUCACACCACUGCCUGCCUAUAAUAAAUUUCAAAAAAUACAGAACCAAUAAUGUAAUUUUUUUAAAUGAUUAUUUCCAGAGUUUAAUUUAAAUAUGACACACUGCUCUUUAUAUGUUUUAUAAUAUUAUUUUGUAUAUAAUGCAUAUUUAUAAGGACCAAACUUCUGAAGAAUAAAACUUCCUCGAAAACUGUUUUUAAUUUGAUGUCAGUAAAAUGGAAAAGGAAAUUAUUUUUGAGGUGUUUUUCAAAUAAUGAA